UUGUGCACAUCCCUAGCCCAGUGCACCAUUUAUCAAAACAUAAAAGUCGGAAUCAUGGCAGAUAAGCGAGAGAAAAUUGCUGCAGCUCGAAAAAAGCUAAAGCAGUACCAAUCGAAGCAAAAACAGGACACUAGCUGCCGGAGUGAAAAUGAUUCCGAACGAGAAACUCCUAUUCCGGGGUCUAUGAACAGCAGCAGCAGUUUCAGCGACUUAUGUGCAGCAUCAGUGACAGACAGUGACAUACGCAAUCAAAAUCAUCUACCGCAAGAGCAGCCUCUGGCAGCGGAAAAGCAACCCUCAUCAUACGGUGUUUCAAAUUACUUCAACGCCAGCGGAGGCAGCCAGGCUAUGCAAGAUUUCCUCGCUAUGGAACCCCAAGUAGCACCACCACUGGCUCCUGUGGAGGCCAGUGUACAUAGCAUUAAUCGUAUUUCCAGCGAGAUUGGUCAACUGAUCGCGAACGCGAGCGCUGAUUUGGGUCCCCAGAAUACUAUACUGGAACUGGAGUCGGAAAAGGCAGACCUGCUGCGUACGUUAAACGCUCAGAGGCUCGAAAAUGACGAACUUCGACUGAGGUUGCGAAACAAUCAAUCGCUGACGGAAGAGCUCAAGAACGACAUCGAUCGGUUGAAGUUGGAGAACAGCACCAAAGUGACGACCGAAUUAGGACCAAUUCAAGAACAGCUACGACUGCAGACACAGGCCGUCGGUAUGUUGGUUGGCGAGAAAGCCGAACUGACUGCGACCCUGAGCAAGUAUCAGAGUUUGGUGAAGGAGAAAACGGCGGAGAGCGACGAACUGCAGAAUCGGCUAAAAGCAUCUAGGGCUACAGUGCAAAAGUUGGAGAAGGAAAUCGAAGGAAGCAGACAGUCGGGACGAAAGUUCGAUGAAUUGGAACGAACGAUUUCCAAACAGUUACACGAGCACCAAGAAGAAGCAAACAAAUUCCGCAAGCUAUACGAAGAUUUGCUGGAGGAUUUGGGUGAGAUGAAGCAAAAACUGACUGUUCGAAAUAAGGAAUACCGUUCCGUUCAGGAUGAGUUAGAACAGAGUCGAUACGACCUGAGUUUGGCAAAACUUCGAAUAGAGCAACUUUCGUCGGACGACGAUCAAGAUUAUAACGCAAAAAUAGAGUCGCUGAGUCAGCAGAACCUUAUUAAAUCUCAGCAAGUGAAAGAUUUGCAGGAACUUAUCAAACAAAUUGGAAACGAGCGGGACCAGAGCAACCAACAAUAUCAAAACUAUGUGCUACAUUUAAACAAAGAGGUUGCUAACCUAGCGGAUAAGAUUCAAGAGUUGACCGAGGAAAAUAACCGUCUUUCAACGCGCGAAGAGAAUUUGGUGAGGCACGUAGGUGAACUAGAGAGACAAAUUCAACAGCAAAUGAUAAAGCAGAAAACGUACGCCGCCCAGAAUCAGGAGGAUCCGUCGGAGGUUGACGGAACGCGGCACACAGCUCUUGAGGCCGAGAUAAGGCUGUUAAAAGAGAAGGUUUCCACCAUGGAGGUGGAACGGGCCGAAUAUAUGAAGGAAAAUGAAUCCGUCGAACAGCUACGGCAAAAAUAUGAAGAAAAGAAUAAACAAAACGAGGAACGAAUAGCUGAACUGUUGCUUACGGUGGAUCGACUGCAAAUGGACAAACCAGAUUUCGCUAAACUGAUUGCGGAAAUCGAAAGCGGGAAAGUAGGUGCCUCUCGUGCGGUUUCUCAAAAUAUGGAACUAAAAGCACAGCUGGAAGAAAUGCAGAAAGCUUUCGUGCAAAUUAGCAACGAUAAACUCGAACUGACAGACAAACUGCAAACAGAGCUUCAUCUUGGAAAAGAAAUGAAAGCUACCUACGGUCACCUAGAAAGUGAAUUAAACUCGAUCCGAGAGAAGCUUCACUAUAAGGAUGAAGAAAUGAUUCGUUUAGCACACGAAACCGUUGAACUGAAUAAGCAAAUUCUGCAGCAACAUCAAGAGAUCGAUCGAUUGCGGUAUUACGAAUCCAGAGCAAAUGAUGGUAACGUGUUACAGCUUGAACUGCAACGCACACAAGAACAACUUCAACUGCUGCAGAACCAUCGAAACGAUACAUUGUCUAGCGCUAACAAAAUCGAACAUUCUUGCAAUAAUGACCACGACAAUGAGACUCAUCAUCACGGUCACCAUGAUCCCCACAGGGAAAUUGAAAUUUUAAAACAAGAGAAGGAAGAAUUAGUCAAGGUCAUCAAUAGUUUUCAGAGCAGAGCAAAGGCUAGCCCGAACCACAGUGUGGAAAACGGUAAAGAUCAAUCCGAUGGCAUCAGCGAUAAUGUUUCGGCAAUUAGUCUUCCAAACAGCGAAGCCAUGGAAAAACUACAGGAACGUUUCAGGCGCACCAUGCUGGAAGUAGCCGAGUUGACAGACGAGAAGCAACGUUUGGAGCAUUUGGUAAUGCAACUGCAAGGAGAAACCGAAACAAUCGGUGAAUAUAUCACACUGUAUCAGCAGCAACGCCGUCUGCUCAAACAAAAAGACAUGGAACGUGAUCACCAGCUGCAGCGGUUAGCAAACGAUCGCGAAAUGAUGAAGCUGAAGCUUAAGGAACUGAAUUCUCUCGUCCACCAGCUGGUGCUGGAGAAGGGUGGUGGAUCAGGUGCGAAAUUUUUCUCAAGUCCAACGCCAUUAUCUGACCAAUUGCAUUCCACAACGUCACCUCUCAUUGACCUGCCCACCACCCCUGACAGUAACUCCCGACCCGCUAACGAGAAUGGAGAUCGGGACGAGACAAAAGUGCACAUCAAACCGACCGAAACCGCUGGUCGGAUAUUGUCUCUUCUGACCGAUAUCAAGGAGGCAAAUGUUGCCUACGGGAGUGGUGUACAACACUGCUCUUGCUGUUCCGGCCGAUUGGAAACCGUUUGAAUUUAUUUCAUCGAAACGCGCGAGACAAAGCUCCAUAAGUCAUUUGCAGAAUGUAGUACAGUUUUUAUGUUUAUGUUCAAAAUAGUCGGUGUUUAUGCCCUUCACGUAAAGAAAUGCUUUACAGUGUAACUGUAGUUUAUUUUUUUAAUAUUUAAACAUAAAACAGUGAUUUUAGUUCCAA